CACCGGCGCGGGCGGAGCAGGGACGACGACCCGGGCGCACGUCACAUGGCACAUGGCAGGGCAACCACCGUGGCCCGAAACGGGAAAGGGUGCGAGGUGGAAUGGCGCGGAAACCACGCCCGCCCGCGCUAACGCCGUAACGGCACCUUCUUCCCUCCCCCGCCUCCUCCGCCUAAAUUUAGGAGCAAACUCUCUCUCUCUCUCUCUCUUCUCCCCCGCCAUUCUGCUCUGCUCCGUGGCUCUGUGCUCCCGUGCGCAACGGCUCUUGCCGGAGCGGAAAAUAGCAUAGCAAAACGGAACCGCGAUCGCAGGAUCGCAGGAACCGUGGAGCUUCUCUUCCUCUUGUCUCCUUAUAUUCACCACCGCACACGCGUCCUCCCGCCACCACUGCCCAUUCUUAGCCUGCCCCGACCCUUCUCCCCAUGGCCUCUUCCCUGGCCGCCAUGCCCCACGACUCCGCGCCAUGGAGGGACCCCUCCACCUCCACCUCCACCUCCAGGCACAGGCGCUUCUUCAACGUCAACGUCCUCAUACCGCCGCCGCGCCACUCCUUCUCCGACGCCGCCGCCACCGCGCCCGCCGAGCCCACGCCCAGGCGCAAGCGGAUUAUAUUGGAGCGCUGGGCGGCCGCCGCUGCCGCCGCCACGGCCUCCGAGCCGCCGCCUCCCGCCGAUGCGCGCCGCCGCGACAGGGAGGCCGAGCUGUCCGCGCUCGCCUCGGCCACCCGCCCCGUCGCCGCCCGCGCCGCCGUCUUCCGUGAGCCCUCGCCUGCGCCGUCCGACGCCUCCUCCACGACCACUGCCGGCCCGGACCUGCCGCCGUCGGGCCCGCGGGCGUCCUCGCUCAUCCAGCGCUGGCGCGAGAUCGAGGCCGUGGGGCCCGUCACGCCCCGCGCCUCGGGCGACGUCACCUCUGAAUCCGAUGGCUCGCCACGCGGCCGCGUCGGAUGCAUCGUCAAGAAGCUCAGCGGGGCUGCCUCGCUGCCGGAGGAGGACCUGGAGGCCGCCAAUAACGAGCUCGCGCUCUCGCAGUCCGCGCCCCCGUCGCCGACCCAGCUGCGCAACGCAGUCGAGUCGCUCGCCGUUCAUAUCAAGGGCACUCGGCCGCCCAAGCUGGUGGUCAGGACGGUACGCGGGCGCCGCGCAGUGGAGGAGCUUGUCGCUCGGAUGGCACAUCGUCGCAGGCGAGAGCUCGCCGCGCUCGCGGAGCGACACGCCGUCUCUCGCUUCGGGCACAAAGGCAGGAUCCAGUCCAUGCUUCGUCUAAAGCUAUUGCGUCAUGGAGACGCAAUUAACGAUGAAGUGUGCAAUCUACUAAGACCUGUUAGGCCACACCCACCAAAAUGCAGACCUGAGGCAUUGAGAGAUGAUAGCAGCAAGACAGAUUCACAAGAUGCAAAUGAAUGCAGUCCGCAAAAUAAUAGGGCUGAUGAACAACAUAGUGAUGAUAGAAAUCCAUCUGCGGGGAAGUCUACCGGGCUAGCGAUUGAGAGCCUUGUUAACUCCCACGGUUCAGGAAAUCGACAAUAUGAUGAGAAGAUAGACACAAAGGGCAAUCAAUAUGAUGAGAAGAUAGACACAAAGGGAAGACAAGAAAGUUCUAAAGCUUCAAGCUUUGCAAGGUACGGUGAUCAUCGUGUUGUCUACGAUAAUCAAUAUAUGGAUGAUAUCUCCCCAAGUACUAUAAGCACAUCGUGUGAACUUCAAGAAACUCCUUCAUCAAGAGGUGAAACUUUACGAGAAGAAGACAACCAAAGUCUGAAUGGUUCUUGGGACGAGAGAGCACUAUGGAUGAGCAGUCUUGGUUGGCCCGCACCAGUAGAUUCCAUGAGUCCGGACAGCUGGCAUCAGGGUGCAAUUGGGGAUAUGGAGAACCAUAAUCAGAUUGAAUUUAAUGAUCGGCCUUGGAUAGACUCCCCUAACUCAUGGAGAUCAUUGCAUAUUGCCACACAAGCAGACAGUCGAGAUUUGUCUGGCAAUGCUGAUAUUUGUAAUCUUCUUGAGAGCAAAAAGGUCUCAAAUUCCCUUGAGAGUGAUUUUAGCAAUAAAAUGAACCAUCUCCUGAGAGCAAUUCUGCAGAAGCAAAGACAAGAACACAUGAUUGAUGAAUUUGGGGGUUACUAUCCAGAACACUUAUACUGGCAACAGAAUGAUGAACCCCGGAAUGAAGAUCAGGUGGCAUCUGCACCGUGUUCAUUAGCACCUGUCUCCCAUGUCACAGCCCACCACCAAGAGAAUUGGCAGCACUCAUCAUUAGAACAACAACAACAUGAAAAUCAAAAUUUGCUUGAAAUGGAGGUCAGGGUAAGAAGUGAAAUGGCCCAGAUUCAUCAUGAAAUAUAUGAACUACGUAAGUUGGCAGAAACUUGUAUUGCAUCCCAAGUAAAGAUGCAGCAUUCCAUUAAAGAAGAGGUGUGCAGCGCACUUCGCGAAGCUGGGUUGAUGCCAAGCCAGCCUGACAUAACAGCAAAAAAGGGCACGUGCUGCAUCUGCCAUGAGAUGCAAGUUGACUCUUUACUUUACAGGUGUGGCCAUAUGUGCACCUGCUUCAACUGUGCUGAUCAGCUGAAAUCGAGCAGCGAGAGUUGCCCAAUCUGUCAAUCUCCUAUCGACGAUGUUGUUCGGGCUCACCUGAAUUUUUGAGACUUAGGAUUUAGGAAGAAGAAAGAAAAAAAGCCGACACUCCCAGCUUUAGAAGUGGAGUUCGUGAAGCCCUGGUUUUGAGGAGGCUUCUUGCCUUUUGUUAACCACUGAAAACUAUAGGAGCUAGGUUUUCUCGAGAAAAUGUAAAUAUGUUUUGUGUAACUGCGACACGUAUUGACUGGGAAGCAAACAUAGAUCUAAUCAAAAUGCUGGUCUUGCUUCU